CAGCAACGUAUGGACGUGUUCGAGAUCGAAGCCACCUUCCAAGGAUGGCUUCAAGUCCUCGAUCUCCCCUGUCGCGAUCCUGCAUCAGAACGAGCUGCAGGUGUCACCGUCUCGCAUAGCGACAGGGGUACAGCCCAACGCGCCCUUCCCGGUUGUGUUGCUGCAUACGAUGGUGCCUUGAUGCGGAGAGACGGCGCACGACGCUGUCAUACGCCGCGCGCUUUCCAAUCGCCUUCUGAGCCCCGGGAUGCGGACGCGUCACAAGUAUACCUCCUC